CUGGAAAGCAAAAAAAUCUGGUUCUUGUUUUUAAGACAGUCACCUUUAGUUUCACGCUGAGUGAUGCUGGAUUGUUGCAGACAAACCUGAUUAUGUUUCCCACUGGGUUUUAAUCUUCAGAGGCAACACAGAGUAAAGAGAAGCAUUGUUAUUUCAGUUUAACUUUAGUCUCAGUUUAGUUUUAUCCCCUUGUAAAUUUGAUAAGAGCCAAAUUGAGGAAACAAACUCAGUGUGUGGCCAGAAAAUGCCAUGGUGUCUUACAAACACAUGUCACAACAAAAUAUGAAGGAUAAGACAACACAUGUAUAAUGGAAAGAGACGCAGAAGAAUUCAUCUCUUUAGGCACUAGGAUCAGCACCUUCACGCAGGCUGACCUGGCAUCACGCAGCAUCCAGUACGUCCACACCAGUGAAGAAGAGAAACAUGCCGACCAGUUCUCCUUCACCGUGUCCGACGGGACAAAUGAGGUUGCUCAGACUUUCUACAUCACUAUCAAGCCUGUGGAGGACUCCCUGCCUCUUCUUCAGGUCCCUGGCAUGAGGGUGCAGGAGGGUGUGAGGAAGACCAUCACUGAGUUUGAGCUGAAAGCCACCGAUGCAGACACAGAGGGAGACAUUGCAGGCGAUAUCAUUGAGCCGUCCUUCCUUUCCCUGCAUUUUCCCUCCUAUUACACCACCUUCCUCCAGGCGGAGUCCAUCGUCUUCAGCGUCAUCCAGGCUCCUCGACACAGCACCAUCAAGCGCACCAUCAGCGGCCAACACUACCGACAGAUAAGCAGCUUCACCAUGGACGACAUCGACCAGAACCGCAUCAGCUACAACCACGACGGCUCCAACUCGCUCAAAUACCGCUUCACCUUCACCGUGACUGACAGCACCAACCUGCUCUUCAUAGUGGAGGACAACGGAAAAGAGGAUAAUAAAACAGCACAUGAGGCAGCAGCUUGGAGGCAGAGAGCAGCUGAAAUACAAAGUGUGAUUCAUUAAAAAGGUUGGAUGGGAUCUUUGUCAUGAUGGUCUUCCACACCAGUAACUACGGCUUCUCCUCC